AUGGCGCUGGCACUGCAGAGUGUUCCGCGGCGUUCUAGCCGGGACGGUCCUGUAGACGGAGAGGCUGAUGUUGCCAAACCCAGCUUUCGACGACCGCGACAUGCGUUCGGGAACAGGCACUUGCUGGCCUUUCGAAAGAAUCAAUUCUCAGAGUUGGUUGAGAGGACCGUCGAUGCACUGAAGAGCAACCUAGUUGAGGCGUCUUUGCAGGACGUGCAGAAUGUGCUGGCCAAGAUCCGAAGGCAGUUCGACGAGGUCCGCUGCGAAGCCGACAGGAAGGAAGCCGAGUUGGUCAGCCUCCGGCAAGAGAUUCGUUUCUGGGAAUCGGAGGCGAAGCCUCCCGAGGAGCAGGAUCACUACAACGGAUUUGUUAGGAAGUCAGUGGUGGAGAAACUUGGCCAGGCCUGCACUGAGCUGGACCAAGCUCUCGAGACGCAAAAAGUCUACCAGCACAUGGUUGAGAGAUUGCUGCGGGAGCAGCGAAUCCUGCAACAGAAGGUGCUCAUGAUGGAGAACUAUCUGGACCGGAAGACACGAGAGGUUGAAGCCAAACAGCACUUCAGCCGCCGCAUCAAUGAAGACAAGGUGGAACAGAUAGUCAAGCUAGAGAUGCUUGAGCAGGACAUGGAUUUGGAACGCACAGUGCGCACAGCCGCGAUGAGCGACCUGUCGGCAGCCGUUGAAAGGCGCCGUCACGACGUCAACGAGGCUGAGUACUUCGAAACCUGGCGAUAUGAAGCUGCACUCGAGGCAGCAACGGAAGCCUUUGAGGCAACGGCUGGACGAUACAGGAAGAUCUACGCCAUCGAAAAGCUCACAGGCAAUUGCUUGCAGCGUCUUACUUUCGAUCAAGCAGAACAAAGCCAGGCAACCGAGGACGGAUUUCAACGGAUCCGAGAAGUGACUGGCUUGACCGACGUUAUGGAGAUCGUGCAGAAAUUCCUGCACCGGGAAGAUGAGCACGAGCAGCUGAAAAGUACUGUCAGAGAAGCGGAAACCCGGCUCCACCAAUUGCGUGAGGAGGAGGCGAGUCGCCCCUGCGAAGAUGCCCUGAUCGAUGCCAAGCCCGAGACUCGAGGACUUGGAGUAGAAGUGACCGAGUUUGAGCAGAUGCUGGAAGAUGUCAGACAAGAUCACUCCGACGUGCAGGAACAGCUGAAGCAAAGCACCCUGCUUGUCGACAGCCUCAAGCGCUGGUCAAACCGACUUGCGAAGUCCCUGGCACCCAUCCAGGAAAUCAAAGCAGUGCAGGCUGAGUCUGAGCUUCCGCGCUUCUUCAAUCACCUCGUGCAGGUGGUGCACGAGUUCUUGGAUCGGGCCCACGCGGAGAUGCCCGAUGCCAGGCUCGUGAAGAUCACCAGCGAAGCCACCCACAAGGACUUCAGCGAUCAGGGCAAGUUGCUGCACGACAAGGAUUUCCUGCGGUCCAACUGCCGCGUCGCCACUGCAGAACCGGUCAAAGACGACAGGCAAAAGAAGAAGGAUGAGGAAAGAGAUCAGGAGGAGGAAAAGAGAGGAGUCAUCGAGUUUGCGACGGACAGGGAGCGCGUCAAAAAGGAGGCUGCGGACAGAGACCAGCGUUUCCCGCGAGCGAAGGUGGUCGGUGGCGAGGGGUCGAGCUCGAAACUGAGAGCCACAUGCGACGAGUCCGCUGUGAGAAAGAUCGUCUUCUCGCAGCUUGUCCAUGUCAAUGUGCAUGAAGUAGACACCAACCGACGGGCUUGCACUGAGCUGCUCGCCAUGGCCGGUGCGGGGCAACUUCAGACCACACCCGGCCAGCAAGGCCAGCAGAAGGAUCGCCGACGUCCUGAUCGAGAGAAAUAUCGGGAAGCAGCGGCCAAUAGGCAAGUGCGAUUGCAUGAAGCUGCCUGGGAUGAGUGUAUACGCCGAGAGAAGCUAGCAGCCGCAGAAGCUGCUCGAGCCCAAAAGGCCACUGGGCAAGGCGAUUGCUAUGAGUUCAGCGUUCAGUACGCCACUUCCUUCGGUCAGGAGCUCUAUAUGGUGGGCUCCUGUGAAGAGUUGGGCAGCUGGACUUUGUCUCGAAAGGUCCACAUGGCAUGGACGGACGGCAACAUCUGGCGAGCAAAGUUGAAGAUUCCUUUGGAGCGUGGAGUCAUCGAGUACAAGUACAUCGUCGCACAGGAGGACAAUUGCGAGUUGCUUCGCGGCAUUGAGAGGGUAGCGUAG